GAGAAGAAACGCCGUCGACCGCCGCUGUCUUGUGAGCAAUGCCGGAGACGCAAAAUUCGCUGCGACCGCACGCAGCCGUGCAACAAAUGCGUCGAAUCCAACGCCCCCAGCUGCACAUAUGCGCCGGUUCACAUUCCGGCAUGGCGGACCAAGAAGCUGGAUCUGAUGAUGAACGGCAAUGGCAAUUCGGCUACCGAUAAUGCGGCAAGGCCUUCCAUAGACUCUAUCAGCGCAUCUUCGUCAAAAGGAAUCAGCCCUAACGCUGGUUCUUCUACUUCAUCGUCUCCUAAUGUCGAUUGGCUAGUUGCCCGGGUUCAUCAGCUGGAGGAAAAGCUCGCCAAAGCUCUACGUAUUAAUGAUGCUCAAGAUGGGCCAAAAAGGCACCAAACCACACCGGAGACGGCGGAACCUGGAGAUGGAUUUGUGGCCAAGUCCCGGUACUACGCUCACAGCCACUGGAUAUAUGGCGUCAACAUUCUCAAGGUUGAGCAUGAUCUUGUUGGUCAAGAUAACAUCAAUCAGGGUGAAUUAUAUGCUUCACUCCUGAAAUGCAAGACAAUUGGCCGCAAGAUCAAGAAGAACCGCCUUAAGCCACUCUCUUCAACUAACCUAGGAGCCCAAAUACCUGACCGAGAGCUGGCUGAUGUGCUUGUCGAAAACUAUCUCCGCACUUUUGAAGGUGUCUUCCGCGUUGUUCACAUCCCUACAUUCCGGGCUGAUUACGCGAAAUUCUGGGAGAAUAACCAUCCGCCCAAUGAGUCCUUUGUGAUUCUAAUGCAGCUCGCCAUGGCACUUGGGGCGGCUUUGUACGAUGAGCAUUUCUCCCUGAGGCCAAUGGUAACGCAAUGGAUUUUCGAAGCCCAAAUGUGGCUCAUGAUUCCGCCAGAGAAGAAAAGAAUCAACAUGGAGGGCAUUCAGAUACAGUGUCUUUUGCUUCUGGCCAAGUCUACGUGCAACGUCGGUGUAGACAUGGUGUGGAUGAUGGCUGGCAAUUUGGUAAGGAACGCCAUGUUUGUGGGCCUGCAUCGAGAUCCUCAAUAUCUCGGAGACUUGACUAUAUAUCGGGCCGAGAUGCGGCGUCGUUUGUGGGCGACUGUUUUGGAGCUGAAUAUGCAAUUUUCCUUUGAAGGAGGCGGUUCGCCACUGCUGUCUACAGCGCACUACGAUACUCUUCCUCCCGCGAAUCUAAACGACGAUGAGCUCACAGACGAAAAGGACAAUGGAAGACUGAACGCUAAAGGCCCCAAGGUGCCGACUCAGACGUCCAUUCUGAGGGCUCUGCUGGCUACGAUACCACUGCGCAUGAAUCUCAUCAACCACGUCAACAACACAAGGCCAGGCGACCACUAUGAGGAAACAUUACGACUGAAUUCAGAUCUGACAAAGGCCUGCCGAGCCAUCUCGGAGGCCCUCCAAUCUCUCCAGGCCGUAGCGAAUUCACCGAUCACCCAGUUUCACGUCCUGGUGACGGAGAUUUUUCUCUACCGUUGCUUCCACGCACUUCACCAGCCCGUCAUUGUCAAAUAUAUAAACGACGCCAGAUUCUACUUUUCGCGACAAAUGUGUCUGGACAGUGCCAUGAAGAUAUCACACAUUUGGGGGUUUCCAGAUGCUUGGUCCGAAGAUAAAGCUACCGCAACAGGAGCCAUGGAUCCUGAUCUCAAGAGGCUAGUCACUAACGGAACGGGCAUGUUUCAUAAUGUCGCAUCGCAGGCCAUGAUCAUCGUCCAGAUAGAGCUCCUCCACGCCAAGGCUGGCCAGCCUACGAGCCUAGGCUAUCUCCCAACGGUAGGCAGCGCCAACUUGAGCGCCCGCCUCGAAGCCACGCGGACGUGGAAGCUCGAGAGGGUGCGUUCCGGAGAGACGAACGUCAAGGGCAUUAUCUUCACGGCGGCCUGUCUCGCGCACGUCAAGGCCCUGGAACAGGGCGUCGAUUGUAAGCAAAGGACGCGCAUGAUGUUUCAAGCGGCGACGGAGGUUGGCCAGCAGUGCUUUGAGAUUCUUAAGGAGGUUGCCGAGCGGGAAGGAUUACCUAGGUCUAAGUGGGAGGAUGAGACAACGAGUCUUGAUGGCAGUUCUCUGGGGGACAUUCCCAUGGACUGGAUGCAGGAUUGGGCGUGGGAUGACACACAGGGGAUUUCGUUUCCGCAGUGGGAUCCUGAUUUCGAUGCAGGUGAUUUUAUGGAGGAAUUAGGGUUUGACAUUGGUCAGUUUUAGGUUGGUUGAGUUUGAGAGAGGGGGAGGUGAGGGCCUGUACACUACUGGAAAAUAAAAAUCUCUCUUCAAUACCU